AUGAGGCGUCCACAUCAACGCAUUCCGCAUGAUCCCCUUCUAUCCCAUGAUGAAAAAAGCAAUCAGUCAAAGAAGAAAACAUCUUGUUGUGCAUUUACACCAAGCUGGAUUAAAACUUUCCUGAUAUUCUUUACGCUCAUUAUAAUGGUAAUGUUUUUGGAUUCUUUUAUGGUUCAGGCUAUUGCUUUAGCUUUUAUAGGCUUGGGUGCAUAUUUUACGGUUACUCGAAAUUCGUAUUUGCCAAUGCUCCUGGGUGAAUUGGCUUACAUAAACAACUAUUUGCUCAUCGGAAUUGGAAUUUUAUUGUCUGUUGUAUGCAUCUUUGGUCUUGUGGCAAUUUCAAACAAUGACCCAGCUGUCCUAAAAGUGUACGCCAUCAUUCUAGCUGUUGCCCUCGUUUUACAAUUUGCUGCUGCAGCUGCUGCUUUGUCGUACUAUAGAUUUGCCUAUGAUUGGAACGCUGAUGCGCUCGUCUGGAAAAUGAAGAACAAGUACCAUCUCGGAGAUUCUUUUGUGAUGCGUGCUAUUGACGAUCUCCAAAAGCAAUAUCGUUGUUGUGGGGCCAGAAAUUACCGUGAUUGGCAUGGAACUGAGUUUGAAAUUGCCUCUAAGAUACAGGGAGUGGACAAUUCUACGCAACCAACUAUCGUUCCUAAUUCUUGUUGCAUUGGUCCUCAUGCAGACUGUGGCAAGAUAAUACAUCCCUCAAAUAUUUAUUACAAGGGCUGCAUGUCAACGAUUACAGACGAGUUAAACUCCACACUGUUCGUCAUUUGCGUUGUCCUAUUUGCUCUCGCCGUCGUGGAGGUGAGUGUGCUGCAUCUUUACACCUUCCAAUCUUUAGGCUUUUUCAGAUUGUCUAUCGUACAGGGGGUGUUUGGCUGA